UUCAUAGACAAUGAGUGGCAUGAUGCCAUCAGCAAGAAAACAUUCCCCACUGUUAAUCCGUCCACUGGAGAGGUCAUCUGCCAGGUGGCUGCAGGGGACAAGGAAGAUGUGGACAAGGCAGUGAAGGCCGCCCGGGCUGCCUUCCAGCUAGGCUCACCCUGGCGCCGCAUGGAUGCAUCUGACAGGGGCCGGCUGCUGUACCGCCUGGCUGAUCUGAUUGAGCGGGACCGGACCUACCUGGCAGCCUUGGAGACCUUGGACAACGGCAAGCCCUAUGUCAUUUCCUAUCUGGUAGAUUUGGACAUGGUCCUCAAAUGUCUCCGGUAUUAUGCUGGCUGGGCUGAUAAAUACCAUGGGAAAACCAUUCCCAUCGAUGGGGACUUCUUCAGCUAUACCCGCCAUGAACCCGUGGGGGUGUGUGGGCAGAUCAUUCCGUGGAACUUCCCCCUCCUGAUGCAAGCGUGGAAACUGGGCCCAGCCUUGGCGACUGGAAAUGUGGUUGUGAUGAAAGUAGCUGAGCAGACGCCCCUCACCGCCCUGUAUGUGGCCAACCUGAUCAAGGAGGCCGGCUUUCCCCCUGGCGUGGUCAAUAUUGUUCCUGGAUUUGGUCCUACUGCCGGGGCUGCUAUCGCCUCCCAUGAUGAUGUGGACAAGGUGGCGUUCACAGGCUCCACUGAGGUCGGCCACCUCAUCCAGAUUGCUGCAGGGAAGAGUAAUCUCAAGAGGGUGACGCUGGAGCUGGGGGGCAAGAGCCCCAACAUAAUCAUGUCGGACGCUGACAUGGCCUGGGCUGUGGAGCAGGCCCACUUUGCCCUGUUCUUCAAUCAGGGCCAGUGCUGUUGUGCCGGCUCUCGGACCUAUGUACAGGAGGAUGUGUAUGCUGAGUUCGUGGAGCGGAGCGUGGCCCGGGCCAAGUCACGGGUGGUCGGGAACCCCUUUGACAGCCAGACUGAGCAGGGGCCCCAGGUAGAUGAAACUCAGUUUAAGAAGAUCCUUGGCUACAUCCAAUCUGGGAAGCAAGAGGGGGCGAAGCUGCUGUGUGGUGGGGGGCCUGCUGCCGACCGUGGUUACUUCAUCCAGCCUACUGUGUUUGGAGAUGUGCAAGAUGGCAUGACCAUCGCCAAGGAGGAGAUCUUUGGGCCAGUGAUGCAGAUCCUGAAGUUCAAGACCAUAGAGGAGGUUGUCGGGAGAGCCAACAAUUCCAAAUAUGGGCUGGCUGCAGCUGUCUUCACCAAGGACUUGGACAAGGCCAAUUAUCUGUCCCAAGCCCUGCAGGCUGGCACUGUGUGGGUCAACUGCUAUGAUGUGUUUGGCGCCCAGUCACCAUUUGGCGGCUAUAAGAUGUCGGGCAGUGGCCGGGAGCUGGGGGAGUACGGGCUGCAGGCAUACACUGAAGUGAAGACCGUCACAGUCAAAGUUCCUCAGAAGAACUCGUAGAGGACCUGGAGGCUUCCUUCAUCCAGUGACCAAAAGUUCAACAGGAUCAACAAGAAAACCAAGGAGAAUGACCCUUGCAUGCUGACAAGUGGGGAAUUCUCCCCCUAAGAUCUCUUGAGUUAAGAAAGCUCCAGAAUUUGCAUUGAUAAACAGGGUGGGGUGGUGGGGCACAGUGUAUGGGCAAUGGCUUGGAAAUGGCAACAGUGCUACUAGUUUUCAGGGUAGUUUUUGAAAAAUAGAUGCAAAUGUCUUCGCCUAUCUCUGUGACACACUUCUGUAGCUUGUUUUUAUGGGAGAAAAAUAAACCGCUGUUUACUAUAUCAGUA